AUAAAAUGUUUCGAUAUUCAUUUUCAUCAAUUUCAACGGAUAGAUCAACUAUUUAUGAUUAUGAUGAUGAUCAUAAACGAUUAUCAAAAUCAGUAGCAUUUGAAACUGGCGAUAUUUUGGUCACCUGUCGCCCUUUUAUACAUAUUAUUGCAGAUUCAUGGCGUGGUAAAAUCUGUGAUCUAUGUCUACGGCAGCCAAUUGGCUCGAAAAAUCUUUACAUAUGUCGUGAUUGUCAACAGAUUCAUUUCUGUCGAUCAUGUCAACAAUUACAAUCACCAAGUAUAUUUAAAAAUGUUCAUAAUCUUGAAUGUCCAUUGUUGGCGAAAUAUGGACAUAUUCUUUCCAGUUCAUCGCGAUUAUUUCUACGUCUUUAUCUUCGUCUCACAAAUCCUGAAUCAAUACAUUAUCAGCCGAUAUUUAAUCCCUUGACUCGUGAACCGAUUAAUUUUGAACAAUUAGAACUGGCAAUUAUUAUUGAACAUAAUGAACUUGCCGAUCGUAUAACAAUAUGUUGUGAAAAAUUUGCCAAUAAAUCAGAUGACAAUGAUGAACAAUCUACUGAUAUGACAACAGAAGAAUUUGCAUUAUUACAAUUCAUUGGAUUACUUGAUGAAUUACGUCUUUGUCGUGAUGAUGAUGAUGACGAUGAUGAUGGUGGUGAUAAUGAAAUUUUAUCCAUGAUUUCAGAUGAUGAUAAAAUAUAUGAAUUAUGGAAAAUAUUUGUUCGUCUUUGGUCAUAUACAUUACCAAUUUUUGAUGAAACAUUAACUGGACUGUUUUUGAAAGAUGCAAUUGCAUAUGGAUUAUAUCUUGAACCAAGCAUAUUAACAGCUGAUGGUGUACAUUCUUGUAUACCAAAUUGUUCAUUUAUACACUAUGGACCUGUCAUUCAAUUACGAGCAAUGAAAUCGAUUGAAAUUGGUGAACAAUUAUCCAUUAAUUAUGUUGAUAUUUCAUUAUCACGAAUGGAACGAUUGAAACAAUUACGAAAUUAUUAUAUUGGUGAUUGUAUCUGUAUACGAUGUAUGGAAGAACAAAAUGAUGGUAAUGAUAUGAUCGACAUAGAUCUAUUCCAUUCAUUACGAGAAGAAUUUAUUACACAAUUUCAAGAAGAAUUUAUUGAUUCUACACUGAAAAAUCAAAGUUUUUUAAAUUUUAGUACCACAUCCAAUAAUUUUGAUGAAAAUGAAAUGAUUAUGAAGGAAAAAUGUUUGAAAAUGUCUCAAUUAGCACGACAAUUGGAUGAACAAUAUCAACAGCUUUAUCUAUUUGAACAUCCGGAAAAAUCACGAUUUUUAUUCGCUUUUAUGGCUGUGGAAAUGAAUUUAUUAUUAUUUAAACUAGAAUUUCGUGAACAACUACAACAGCAACAAAAACAACAUGCCAAUAUGUUAAUCAAUACAAUGAAUGGUCAUGAAUCAAAUGGUGGUAGAUCACAGAAGAAUAGCCGUGAAAGUGGAAGCAUAACAACAUUAGAUACAAUCAUUAUUGAAAUUAAAUAUUGGUCCGAUCUAUUAAAACGUACAGUACGUUCAAUUCGUAUUACACAUGGUAUCGAUCAUCGAUUAUAUCGUGAAUAUCCUGUACCAAUAUUGAAUAUAUGGCAUAAAACAUUACCCAAAUCAUUAACAUUGGAACGAUUAUAUCAAGAUCCUGGUAUAUUGAUGUCUUGUUCAUUAUCACAUGAUUCAUCAUUCUCGAAAGAAUUUCUUAGUGAACAAUUUGAAUUUAUUAAAGGACAAUUUGCCAAACUUUUCAAUGAUAAACAACAACAACAACAGACCAACAUCAUACGACAAGAAAAAAGUGAAUCAAUCAAUAAAAAACGAUAUGAUCAUUAUAAAGUUUUAUUCCGAAUUCUUCUUGUCAUAUUUGCAUUAUUGUUUCCAUUUUUCAUCUAUUUUACCAUGUAUCUAGAGAAUUCGGAUUUUUAAAUCACUGACAAAUGAUACUUUAUUAAAAUGAAAUUAGAUCACACAAAUAAAUUAAAUAUAUCCACCAAAAUCACCAAUUACAAAAUGUGAAAACAAACAUUUAAAUAUGCAAAAGUCGAUUAUAAAUAAGAAUAAUGCACUGAAGCGAGAAAAUAAUGAAUUUUUGAAGCACCCAAUUACCUUGACCCUUUUCCCAAUUGCAAUGUAUUCAUGUUUGUUUGUUUGAUUGAUUAAAACAUCUGAUUAAAAAUGAAAAACUUA